UAAAGCAGCAGCUUGCCGGUUGUCGGCAUUUUCGCACUCGCUCGCAAUGCGUGGCGGAUGUGCCGUCGCUUGCUCCCAUUAGACGUCGUUUUUCGCUGGUUAUCGGAUAAUGCCCAUGAUGCCAGCCCAGAACAACCGCCUAGUCCUCCUGUACGGAUCCCAGACUGGCCAGGCGAAGGCCAUCGCUGAGGAGAUACACGACAACGCCGAGAAACACGGGCUCAGGACAGACCUGUUUGGGCUGGAACUGACCGAAAAAAAGUUUGAUGUGACAAAGGAGUCGUGCGUUGUGUUUGUGUGUUCCACCACGGGAGACGGAGAACCACCAGACAACGCCCUGAAGUUCUUCCGCAGACUUAAGAAGAAGACACUGCCAUCAGACCACUUAUCUCACCUCAACUUCGCACUCUUGGGUUUAGGAGACUCCAACUACACCAACUUCUGCAACUGUCCUAAAACUCUGGACAAGAGGCUACAAGAGCUCGGGGCUAAACCAUUCUACCCCACGGGGUACGCAGACGAUGCUGUUGGUCUGGAGAUUGUGGUGGACCCGUGGAUAGAAGGGUUAUGGACGGCUGCGCGGAAACAGCUGGGGCUGCCGCCUGAGAGCUGCACUGUUGCCGGGGAAACCGUAGCCAUGGAGACCACAAACAAUACACAAACCCCGGGAGGUGUCACAGACUCCGUAGGUCCAGAUAGUGGAGAAACAGAAGGAAAGAUUGAUAUAAAAGAGGAAAGAACUCAAACUGAUGGAACAGAGAUGAGUGGACAUCAUGAUAAUGAUAAUCCAGAAAGUGACAAAGUCAGUGAGAAAACUGUUACUGUAACAAGUGCAAAAUGUUGUGAAGACAACACAGAUAAUUGCGCUAGCCUUGCACAUGAAAAUAACACACACAGUGUAAAAUCAAAAAACCCAGCUGGUGUCAGUAUUACUGAGCAAACUGUAGGUCCAGUAACUGAAAAAAGCACUGCAGCAGAAAGCUGCACUGAUGCCACAGACACCGAAAUGACGGAAAAAUCAGGAAACAACAAAACAGCAGAAGCUAGCGGCACAGGGCAACAUAACCUAGAGGACCAUACCUCUAACAGCAAUGACACAGAUGGACAAGUUGUGGAUGCUGUGAAAGAACAGGCUGGUCCCUCCCUUACAGUGUCUGUCCCCCCUCUGAGUGAUAGUGGACUGACCCUACCAGCCAAGCCUGUGCCAUAUUUGGAAGUGGAGUUUCACCCAGAAGAAAGUCUGUGUGUUGAGGAGCUGCCCUUGCAAGGUGGUUGUCCCUUCCCCUCAGCAGCUACUGAUGUUGUCAUGGCAACAGUUACCACGGCAACUCGACUCACCAGGCAUGACGCUGUGAAGACAGCUCUGGACAUAGAACUGGAUGUCUCUAAUACAUGUUUUAAGUACGAGCCUGGUGACUCUUUUGGCGUGGUUUGCCCAAACAACGAGACUGAAGUACAGGAUUUGAUUAACAGACUGGGCCUCACAGACCAUGCUGACAUGACCUUCAGUGUCAAGGUCGUCCAAGGAUCCAAGAAAAGAGCAGCUGCAGUGCCAGCACACCUGCCUGCCAGGUGCACCAUCCGCCACGCUCUUCUCACCUGUCUGGAGAUUAGGGCCGUUCCUAAAAAGGCCUUCCUCAGAAUGCUGGUGGAACACACCAGUGAUGCUGUGCAAAAGCGCCGCCUACAAGAACUGUGCAGUAAACAGGGUACUGCAGAUUAUGCCGCCUUCAUCAGGGAACCGAAUCUGAGGCUGCUGGAUGUGCUGACAGCUUUCCCCUCGUGCUGCCCUCCAUUUGAGCGGUUGUUAGAAAUGCUGCCAAGACUUCAACCAAGACCAUACUCUGUAUCAAGCUCCCCUCUGGUCCAUCCAGACAGACUACACUUUGUCUUCAACAUCGUGCACAUCCCAUCAGGCAAUGGGAGGGCCACUGCCUGCACUGGAGUCUGUACAGGAUGGCUGGACAGGCUCACCAGGCACAUCCAGACAGGGGUGUAUGGGGACAUUGCUGAGGGCAGUCUCACCACGCACAUACAGCCAGGGGUGUAUGGGGACAUGGCUGAGAAGAUAGGCCAGAUGUCGCUUAACGAUCCACUGACGGUUCCAAUUUACCUGAGAACAAACAACCACUUCCGACUUCCCUCUGAUCUCUCUGCUCCAAUCAUCAUGGUAGGGCCAGGAACGGGUGUGGCACCUUUUGUAGGAUUCCUACAGCACAGGGAGAAACAGAGAGAGCUAUCCCCUGAUGCUGUGUGUGGGCCCAGCUGGCUCUUCUAUGGAUGUAGACACAGAGACAGGGACUAUCUCUACAGGGAAGAACUGGAGCGGUUGGCGGCAGCAGGCAUACUGAACCACUUGGUGGUGUGCUUCUCCAGGGAGGAGCCUGUUGCCAUGGAAACAGAUGGGGCUCCGCCCGCCCGUUAUGUACAGGAUAACCUCCAUCACCAUGGUGAUGAGGUUGGGAGGAUGUUGCUGGAUGAAGGAGCCAUUCUCUAUGUUUGCGGGGAUGCCAAAAACAUGGCCAAAGAUGUGAAUGAAGUCAUCACACAGAUUGUACAGAAAUACAAAGGUUGUACCAUCCAAGAGGCUAGAAACACCAUCUUCCAACUGAGACAGGAUAGACACUACAUUGAGGAUAUCUGGACUUGAAGUGUUGUAUACAAGUCUUAAGUUUGCCAGCCAUCAUACAUUGGAUUUAAGCAGCUUUAAAGCCUGUCACCGUUUUAGUGGAUAUACAGUACCAGUGGUUACAAUUCUUCUGCAGUAUGUUAUCAAGUCAAUAGGAGGUGCUAGAGGAGCAACUAUUUUAGUUACUACAAUUUUAUCUUUCUAUGUCACAGUGAGUAUAAGAAGUUGAAGAAGUAAAGAAAAGGAUGAGUCAGUUGCUCUGCGCUGAGAUGUUUUAAAGAUGACAUGACCAUAAACCUUAAAGCUGUAAUAUGAUCAGUAUGAUAAUACUAGUAGUAUGCAGAGAGUUAUGUUCUUGAAAAAGAUGGUAUGCAUGAAAAAGAUGGUAGAUCUCCAAAGAUGUACAAAAACAAGCUGAAUCUGUACACCUGCUUACAAUUGCAGAUAGUGAGAGAUAGCAUAUUCUUCAUGAAUAAAAAUAUAUCACAGGCGAAGUUAAAACACCAUAUGAAGGGCUUUUGAAGUGUGGCCUUAGAUUGUAUGUU